CGAAAACCGUUUAGCAGAAUUAAAUAUGUACUUAGGAAAAAAUUCAAGACAAAAACGCGAAUUAUUAGACGGCCUGAGCGUCGUCCUUAAAUGGCUCAUUGGUACACCUGAUGCCAAAGACGCCAUGCAUUAUGAAGAUUGUAUUAACCAACUCGAAAAACGUGAAACCGAUCUUUCAUCACUUAUGCUCGAACAAACUCAAAUAAUUUCUUCGACUGUCAAAACCUUCAACGAAUCAAUUCUCAAAAUCACUUAUGAUGAGUUAAUCAUUAACGAAAAUAUCGAACGCUUAAAUAAUUACCUUAACUCUUCUCAAUCACUUCUGUUUAGUUUAAAAGCCAGCCAAGAUGUGUCAGCUAUUUCCCUUCAAAUUUUAGAGUCAGUAGUAAACCUUGAAAACGAAAUCAACGAAUGCCUAACUAGUAUCCUCUUUGCAAAGUCCAAUACAAUCCAUCCGUCAAUUAUAACCUUGGAAAAACUUUAUAAGGAACUCCUCUUAUCGAAUCAUAUUCGCACGAAUAAACAUCUAGUUUCCACCGUUAGCCCACAAAAUAUACACACAAUCUUAGAAUCUUCCUCUCUAUCAGCAUAUGUAUAUUCAGAUAAACUUGUAUAUAUACUUACAUUCCCUUUAAUUCAGAAUGAUCCUCUCGACUUAUACCAUGUAUACUCCAUCCCUAUAAAACAUCCGAAUUCCUCUCUUCAUACCACUAUCCUCCCUGAGCACGUGUACCUGGCUGCGAACCCCAGCGGCCAAACCUACGUGUCGACAAGCAGUUUAGAAACCUGCAAAACAUACGCCAGCGAAAAACAAGUCUGCACCGGUCUCGUCGCCUACGACGCUACAGCUCGUCCCCUGUGUGAACUACAAAUUCUCCACAGCAUCUCCAAAUCCCUUCCGAAAAUCUGCACUACUUCAACCUUCGAAGCCGACAUCAACACUUUUCAAUACAUCGAGAACAACAAGUGGCUAUACAUACUGUCUGGCGAAACCAACUGCGUCCUACAAUGCACUAAAGAAGUAACACAUCACAAGAUACAGGGCGCAGGCAUCCUAUCAUUACAGAAAAACUGUAAACUCCACACUGGAUACAGCACGCUAUCAGCACCACAAGACUCCGAAGAAAAUAUAACUUACCCUAUAAUCGUACCCGACAUAAGAACUGACGACUGUUUCGAAGAAUACAGGGACAUCGCGAAACCUGACCUGAUGCCAAUUAAAAUUAAUGAAUUGCCACUAGAUUCCUUGAAACAAAUCAAAAACCAUAUAGAUAAAUACGGAGAAGAAAUCAAGAAAAUAAAAUCCACAACAUUCGCCCAAAGGAACACCACUACCUUCUCUUGGGUUUAUUUUACACUUGGCCUAAUAAUGUUAGCCUACCUUGUAUUUAAAAUUUGCAAACGCUGCCCCAAUGGACUUCUACUACGCCGCCGAACACCAAAUUCUCCAAAUCGCGAUUCCAACGGAUGCAUCCAGAUCUUCAAUAACUGCUUCGCAAAUUCAUCUCGACAACAGAGAACCCACGUCGCAAUUCCCAUGUCUACAAUCUCAACUAGCUGCGUCACAGAAGAUGAAGACGAAGACAUCGAGCCUCAGCAUUCUCAGCCAAUCUCACCCGUUUCCAUUGUUCCUGCGACUUCUAAAAGAUCAGGCGCUAACGCCCAAUCUUUAUUCUAAGGGGGGAGGUGUUAUAUAAUAUGAUCCAUCCAUAUACCUAGUUUUAGUUAUUAAGUUGCUACUCACAUAUUUGUUUACCUUUCCCAAUAGUUUUGUACUUUGAAAUCAUAAUUAGUUUCUUAAAUACUUUAUUUACACUUCUCAUCAAUAAUUGUAAACAUCCUCAUGUCUUAAUGUGUUAUUUGUCAUUAGUGUUAACUUAUCUCAAAUGGUCCUGAGACCAUAAUGUGUUUAUUAUUCUCAUGUUUAUCCUAAUAUCCUAAUGAGACUUGUCUCCCUUAUAAGCAGUACUACGUCCCGAAUUAAAUCAGUCUAGUUUGAACCGUCAAACUGUGUUUUACU